GCUACCGAAAAACACACACAUAAGGCAAAGCCUGAUCGUGACACUACUGGAAGACAAAAGAACCCUUCGUGAUGACAGUCUUGUGAAUCGAACUAAACAGAUGGAGAUAGGAUGCCGCUCAACUAAGGACGGGAAUUGAACUGACAGAUUGAUGGGCUGACGUUUGGAUAUCUGGAAAAUCUAUCAGUAUGACAGGUCCAGUGCAGGAUUCACAUAGGCUGUCUGUGAAAACGUGGACCGAGGACGAGAGUGACCGAGCUGACAGCACACCUAGCAGAGCACAGUCGAUGUGUGAUGAUACUUCCUCAGAGCUUCAGAGGAUGGCGGCCAUUGACAGAAGAGAUAUUAAUUCCCAGAAUUCCUUGCAUGGGCGAGGUGCUCUGUCCAGGAUAGUUAGUAUGGUGAUGACUCUGAGAGAAUGGGCGCAGAAGAGUUUGGCUGAGGAGACGGAGAGACCGGAUUCCUUCUUGGAACGUUUCAGAGGCCCCGCCAACACGGACAUGCAAGCCCCGCCCAGCAGGUUCAGCCACAGCGGCUCUGAUACAGAGCAUGAAAUCAGACGCUCUAGACGCACAAAGAGGAAGUGUAAUGUCGAGGUCUUAUCACCAUCUGAUGAUGCAUACUACUACUGGCUGAUGGUGAUCGGUGCUGCUGUAUUUUAUAACUGGACCCUGCUAGUUGUCAGGGCCUGUUUCGAUGAGCUCCAGAUGAGGAAUGUGUUGGUGUGGCUGGUACUGGACUACAUCUGUGAUGGAGUCUAUAUCCUGGAUAUAGCUGUUCGUCUCCACACAGGUUUCCUCGAUCAAGGCUUGAUGGUGAAAGACAUACGGCGUCUGAGAGAAGCCUACGUUCGUACCUUGCAGUGUAAAAGUGACAUCUGCUCCAUCCUCCCAACCGACCUCCUGUACCUGGCCGUCGGAAUCAGCUACACACCUCUUCUUCGAUUCAACCGGCUGCUCCGUCUGUCACGCCUGUUUGAGUGGUUCGAACGCACAGAGACACGGACGGGCUACCCCAACGCUUUCCGCAUCUGUAAACUGGUUCUGUACAUCCUGGUGAUCAUCCACUGGAAUGCCUGUGGAUACUACAGCUUCUCCAAGGUCCUCGGACUGGGCUCUGAUUCUUGGGUUUAUCCCAAUGCAUCAGAUCCUGAGUUUGGCUCCUUGACCAGAAGCUACAUAUACUGUCUGUACUGGUCCACUCUGACGCUGACCACCAUUGGAGAGACGCCUCCUCCUGUUAGAGAUGAGGAAUACUUGUUCCUGAUAUUUGACUUUCUGGUUGGUGUUCUGAUUUUUGCCUCCAUCGUGGGCAAUGUUGGAUCCAUGAUCUCCAAUAUGAAUGCCACAAGAGCAGGCUUUCAGAGCCGCGUAGACACACUGAAACACUACAUGCAAUUCAGGCAUGUGAGCAAGGUGCUAGAGCAGCGCGUCAUCCGCUGGUUUGACUACCUCUGGACCAAUCAGAAGACGAUAGAUGAACAGGAAGUGCUAAGGAGCCUGCCCAAUAAAUUGAGAGCAGAGAUUGCUAUUAAUGUUCACCUGGACACACUGAAGAAGGUGCGUAUCUUCCAGGACUGCGAGGCAGGCCUCCUUGUAGAAUUGGUAUUAAAACUUCGACCGCAGGUUUUCAGUCCUGGAGACUACAUCUGUAGAAAGGGAGAUGUGGGUAAGGAGAUGUACAUAAUCAAAGAUGGCCAGCUGGCAGUGGUGGGGGAGGACGGAGUCACCCAAUUUGCUGUUUUGACUUCGGGAAGCUGCUUCGGAGAAAUCAGCAUCCUGAACAUCAGCGGCAGCAAGAUGGGGAACCGGCGCACGGCUAACAUUCGCAGUCUGGGAUACUCAGACCUGUUCUGCCUGUCCAAACAAGACCUGAUGGAUGCGCUUCAGGAGUUCCCCCACGCUAGGGCCCAGCUGGAGCAGAGGGGGCGGGACAUCCUGCGGAAAGAGGGGCUUCUGGAUGAAGUGAAUGUGUCCGCAGGGGAGGAGCUCGAGGAGAAGGUGGAGAGGCUGGAAACCAGUCUGGAUCGGCUACAGACGUGUUUGGCCCGUCUGCAGAGUGAAUUCAACUCCUCCCAGCUUCGACUGAAACAGCGAAUCACAACCCUCGAACACAACGUCACCACGGUGGCAACAGGCAGCGGCUUCCUGUCGGACGAGAGUGUUUUUGGUGGUGACGGUGUGCGCAGUGAAAUCAACAUCCGGCUUUAAACAAUGUAAAUACACCACAAACCUCUCAUUUUGUUUAAACAAAUUGUAAAAAUUGUUUGUACUUUAUUGUAAAGCUGUCUUAAUGUCCUUGUUUCUUCACUCCUUCAAAAUUUCUGCCUCUUACAAUUUUGCACACUUUUUAAAGGAGAAUGUGAACAUAUUUGGCGGUCAUUGAAUUCAUUAUAAUGUGUGUAGCAACUUAUGCCCCGAUCAGACACAGAAAUGUGCCUGUGGAACGGGCUGUAUAGGAUUGCAUAGUAAAAUAACAUACUGGCUACUACAGAACUAACCAGUACACUACUAUGGAACAUUAAAAAGUCAAAAGAGUGUCCACUUGACUUGUGUCCAACACGUGUCUUCAGUUAUGACAUUGACCAGUAGGGCGCGGUAAAUCUCCAUAAAUGCUUGUGAUUACCGUCCUGUUAUGAGAGCUGAACAUGGCACAGAUGCAUCAUCUUAAACUUCAUAAACACAAGUCCAGUGGAUUGUUCAAUUGGUCGAAAUGUCUCAUUCUACCUGAAUAAAAUAAAGUGCUCAUAAACGUUCGACCCUCAUAUUCGCUUCAAGUAGAACGUAUUUCAGUUUAAAGGAAUAGUUCAACAUUUUCGGCAUGUCAAACUAUCCCUCUGAGCACAUUGUCUGUUACAGGUGUAGUGUUGUCUAUAAAGGUUAUUUGUAAGUCCCUUGAAGCCUUUUUUUCACAAUUAUAAUUUCAAAAUAAAAACGUAUAUGAUUUUUUUUUUAUGG